CAGUUUGAUCUGCACUCUUAUGGCAAAACGCUCGGUUACGCAAAUCGGCUACAGACUAAAAAGUGAUUACCUGUUUAAGCUCUUCGUUGUCGGAGAUUGAGGCGUAUGAAAGUAGCGGCUUCUCCUUCGGUUUGUGGUACAGCCUAUGGGAAUGCCAUCAGCAGUAUGAUUGGCAUCAUCUCUGAGUCUACCGACAAGAGUUUCAUGUGGCUGAAUUGGCUGUGGUUCAGUCCAGAGGUUGAUGUCCAUUCUGUCCAUCAGUGUGCUCAUUGCACACCACAAGGGGUUGGGGGUUGCGCCUACACAGCACGGCACUGGUCUUCUUCUGCCUGUGGCGCACCACGAGGACCUCUCCCAAACGCUGCUCCAGGCGUAUGCUACCAGAGCGUCCCGUACCGAGCUGUCAGCACCGGCUGUGAGUCGGAUGGAAUGGAGAUCGUGGCAAGAAGCAGGGUGUUGCUUGCGCCAGUGGAGAUGCAUUGAGGUGGCCACUGUAUUUCCAGCUUUGUGCAUACGUUGUUGCGUGUAUGCCAUGCAUGCGGGAUCGAGUCGUCACCACCGGAUGUGAGUCGGAUGAGGCAGCAAUCAUGGUGAGAAAUGGGGUACACCUUUCACCAGAGGAGGUGCUUUGAUGUGGCCGGCACUGGCCGCUGUAUUUCCAACUUUUCACAACGCUGUCGCAUGUAAGCCACGCAAGUGGGAAGUACGUGCAUCAUUCAGCAGGUAGCACUGUGAUUCUCUGAAUGCAUUUGUGGUAAGUGUAGGGAGGAGGAAAGGAAGAAAAGGGGGGAAAGCACGUUUGCGCGAGCUGGUGGGUGCUUAGCCAAAAAAAAAGGAGGAGGAACAAAACAAAAGGGGAGAAAAAGGAAAGCGUAGAAGACAGCUUUUGGAAGAGAAGGAAGGAACGAGGAAGGAAGUGAGGUGACCGCAAGCAUGACACGGGCAGGUCCACCCCCGACAGCACAUCAACCUGCAGCGAGGCAGAAAUAUGAUCGGCAGCUGCGGAUCUGGGGGGAGCAUGGGCAGGAGGCCCUCAAGACUGCACAAGUAUGUCUUCUUAACUGUGGACCAACUGGCUCCGAGGCUCUCAAGAAUCUUGUGCUGGGCGGCAUCGGGUCCUUCACCAUAGUGGAUGAAGCUAGGGUGAAGCCGGCUGACCUUGGAAACAACUUCUUGGUGGAUCAUGAGAGCUUGGGACAAUUGAGGGCUAAGUGUGUUAGUGGGCUACUGCAAGAAUUGAAUGAGGGUGUUGCGGCGCGAUUUGUCGAAGAGUCGCCCGAGACCCUUAUAGAACAUGACGCGAACUUCUUUUCUGCAUUUACCUUGAUCGUUGCCACGCAGAUGACGGAAUCAUCGCUCGUAAAGUUAGAUACCAUAUGUCGACAGCGCGGCAUCAUGUUGAUCACGGCACGGGCUUACGGUCUUGUCGGUUCCGUGCGAAUCAGUCUCCAGGAGCACAGGGUGAUAGAAUCCAAGCCUGACAAUCCGUUGGACGAUCUACGGAUCCAUCGGCCAUGGGAAGAACUCAGGGAGUUUGCGAACAGUUGCGAUAUUGAUACAGAGGACCUCCUUGUGCAUCAACACAUUCCGUUUGCCGUUCUGCUGGUGCGAAUCGCCGAUGAAUGGCGUGCAGCUCACGGAGGGCGGUUACCAAAGACAGCAGCAGAGAAGGCGGAACUGAAGUCCUGGAUUACUGCACGAAAGAGAGAGCCGGAUGAAGAGAAUUAUAAGGAAGCUCUGGCAUCAGCGUUUAAGGUGUGGUCUCCCCCGUCGAUCGGUCCAAGCUUGCAGGCAAUUUUGAACGAUGGAGCUUCGCACGUGAAUUCCGCAUCCCCGGAUUUCUGGGUCAUGGUUGCGGCACUGAAGGAGUUCAUGCGGAACGAAGGCGACGGUGAGCUGCCUCUUGACGGUGCGAUCCCAGACAUGCACUCGUUUACCGACUUCUACAUCGCCUUGCAGCAACUGUACCAGAAGAAAGCCGCGGCAGAUGUGGCUGCCGUAGCCGUCCAUGUUCAGCGCAUUUUGAAGGAGGCCGGUCAAGUCCCCGAGUCCAUCCCUUGUCCCACCAUCAAGCUGUUCUGUAAGAAUGCGCGGAACCUGCAGGUGAUUCGGUACCGUCCUCUCGCGGAAGAGCAGUGUGCUGCUCUGGGCCAAGGGUCAGAGCUGCACAGGAUGCUGGCUGCAGAAGAGAGCAGCAAUGCUGUCAUAUAUGUUCUGCUAAGAGCGGUCGAUGUCUUCGCUGCAACUUUCAAUAGAUAUCCGGGAGUCUACGACAGCGAUGUGGAGGAAGAUAUCGCGAGGUUGAAGGCGGUUGCUGUGGCACUUGUCAGCGAAUGCGGGCUCACUGGGGCCGCCAUCCCAGAUGAUUUGAUCAGUGAGAUUUGCAGAUUUGGGCCCUCAGAGCUCCAUGCUACAGCAGCAGUGAUCGGUGGAAUUGUGGCGCAGGAGGCCAUCAAGCUUUUGACGAAGCAGUUCGUUCCUUUGGCUGGCACGCUAAUCUACAACGGCAUGUCGUCGACAACAUCGACGCUCCCAUUUUCAUAAUAAUAACGACCAUCAUCGCAGGCGCAGAGUCCAUACACGCCGCUUCAGAUGGACUUCAGGCUCGCCACCGAGAGAGAGGAGCGCAGUUUGUAUAACUUGUUGCUGAGCUGCCGAGAGCGCUUGAAAGGGUCGUUGUGCCGUAACGCACGAUUUUGUCUAUUCCAAUGACUGGAACCUGAAGGGAUGUAUGGUGAGAAUUUGAGGAUAUGGUCAUGUUUCGGUAGGCGUUAACGAUGCUUAGUAGAGCUUUGAAUGAC